UGACAUUUUUAUUGUGACGUAAACAAGAGGAACCCUAAACGUUGUAAACGUAAAUACAAAAUAUGAUGUAGGUAUACUUCAUAAAAUUAUUAUCGAGAUAAAAUGGCUGAGCUCUCUCAAUCCCAGGAAACAAGCUGUGUAGAACAGAAAUCUGAAGAAGAGGUCCAACUUUCCCAGAUAGGACUAACGCCGUCAUCAGAGGAUUCGGGUGUCACGCCCUCUCCUAACACGUCAGACCUUCAAGUUAAUAUUGUCAUCAAUUCUUCCUCGUCCAGCAGCGAAAACGUUUGCAGAAUUUGUCAACUGGCCAAAAAGAAUUCGGAUGAAGAUUUGGGAUCUACUGAAUGUAACUGUCGUGGUCAGUUGUCCAGAGUUCAUUAUUCCUGUCUGAAGGAGUGGGUACGAUACAAAGGCUCUACUAAAUGUGAAAUAUGUAAUGGUCAUUUUGCCUGCAUUACACCACCUGCGCAUCCAGGAAUACUUCAGCUAGAGGCUUUACGUCAACUUGCCUGGCAUCUAGAGCGGAACCGCCCCUUCAGUAGGCGCAAAAGAGCCGUCCUUGGAGCUACCGUGCUCUUUCUCGUCAUAGUGACCAGCGUGACGUCACUGCUGACCGUCAGUGCAGACAGAGAAUACGAGAAAGCUGCCAAAGACCCAUGGAGCUCACAAAAACGAAUGGAUGAAUCCAAUAUCAUUUUCUCCGUCUGCAUCGCCUUUGCGUUUUUCUGCGCCACUCUGACUGUUGGACUUAUAGUUAUCUGGUUCGGGGUGGAGUGCUGCUUUGCCAUGCAUCGUCGAGGGAUUCUACGAAGAGCAUCGAGACGGUUACUACGGAACGAAAAUAGGGCCUAAUUAUGUGAUUAAUUAUCAUACAACAGGAAUAAAUUAGCUAGACUUAAA